UUACGCACUGACAUGCGCCGCUGUCGCAGCAGCAGCGGCGCAGAAUGGGAUGUUUUGAUGGAGACCUCAGAAACUGGUGCUACGUGUUUUAAAACAAAAAUAUGAACGCUGCGCUUUCAAAACACUGCGAUCGGCGGCCUUGUGAAAAUCUGGGGCAGCGUUGCCGCUAAACUGCACGAUAAUGGAAACAAAUGCGUGUCUCGUAUCCAGUUUGUGGUAGCAAUGUAGGUAACGCUAGCUGGGACGCCUGGACAGAACAGAUAGCCGUAAAGCGAAUAGCUGCCCGCUUGCGCGUUUGAGCCUGCUUCGUGUACAGUAUCUGGCCAGCUUGCAGCUGCUCUGGAAUGCAUCUCUCCAAGAAAUGUUCAGUCUUCAAAGUGGUGCUGAGUGCUCUGCUGAUAGUGGCGCUCCUGCAGCUUAUUUAUCUCUCCUUCCUGUCCAAGUUUCACGGUAAGCAGCAGCGGUACCGCUACUCUGAGCUGUUUGGGGGCUCCGGUAAGAAAAAUGUGCACCCCGAGAAAAACACACGGAAAGAGCGUCUGAGGUACUCGCUCUCCACGGGGGGCAUCUUUGACAACAGCGGGCAGUACCGAGUGUACAAGAACUUGAUCAAAAGUGAUUUCACAACCAAUCAAAGGCCAGGAGCUGACCCCAGUUCAAAUGUCCUGGCUUUGGCUACGCACACAACCAUCAACAACCUGUAUCACCUGGAGUCUCUUCUUGAAAGGUGGCAGAACCCUCUCUCUGUGGCCAUAUUUGCUCAUGGUCAGGAUGUUAAGUUCGCCACAGCACUCGUCUAUGCCCUCAGCUUCUUCUGCCCUCACAUCCAAGCCCUGGUGGACUUCCACUUGGUCUGCCUGUCAGGGGAGAUGGCCAGUUUCCCUGAGCAGGACCGAGAGCAUUUUGCAGGGCUUGAGGACUGCGCCUCUGUGUUUGCCAGGCUGGAGACCCACAGGGAUAAAUACAAGAACUAUGCCAUCAGUGGAAACGUCUCCUACCCCAACAACCUCCUUCGUAAUGUUGCUCGAGGUGGCACGGAGUCCUCCUACAUCCUGGUCAUCGACAUUGACAUGGUGCCGAGCGCUGACCUGCACCAGCAGUUCCUUGCCAUGAUCAUGAGGCAAGAGCCAGCAAAUGACGAGGUCUUUGUCCUGCCGGCCUUCGAGAUCCGCCAUGUGAGGAAGCUGCCUGCCACCAAGUCAGAGUUGGUCCAGCUCUAUCAGGUAGGUGAGGUACGGCCGUUUUACGAAGAGCUUUGCGCUCGCUGCCAGGCCCCCACCAACUACUCCCAGUGGGUGAACAGUCACGUCAAAGCGCCAGGCCCCCUGGAGGUCGCCUACACUCUCACCUGGGUGGACCCCUGGGAGCCCUUCUACAUCGGGCCUCGCACUGUGCCCCUCUACGAUGAGAACUUCAAGCAGUACGGCUUCAAUCGUAUCAGCCAGGCCUGCGAGCUCCAUGUGGCCGGGUACAGGUUUUCGGUGCUCAACUCAGCCUUCGUCGUGCACAGGGGCUUCAAGGUGCAGGGCGAGUUCCACUCUAGGAAAGACGAGGAGAACAAACGGAACCGGGUUCUCUUCCGCAGCUUCAAAGAAGGCCUGAAAACCAAGUACCCGUCCUCCAGCCAACGCUGCUGAAAGGAGAACAGGGUUCGCAUCGCUCUGCCUACAUCCUGCAUGUUUCAGCCCCGAGGUGAAGACAGUAGUCCUCUUGAUGAAGGGGCGGGUUUACACUUUUAGUAAUAUCAAUACAAUAACAAAACAGUAAUGACAAGAUUAAGCCCCCAGCUAAGCUCUCUGCACAUAAUUCAAAGAUCAGCAUAAAACACUAAUGACCUAGUUUUUUCCUGUGAUUUCUUGUGGUGUUGGCCAAAAAUCUGCCUAAAAUCUACAGUGUUGUCUGAGACUUUCUGACAGCACCUUGUUGGCUGGGAUGGUAACAUUUGUAUUAAUCAGCUCAAGAAAUCUGGCUGUGCAUAAUCUAGAUGAGACAAAAAUCACAAAAUACUGUAAAAUUUGUGGAAUCUAACAGAUGCGAACAUCAUAUUUAUCUAAAUUUACAGCAGUAACUACAAGACAAGUUCUAUGCAUCAGGUCAGCACUACACGGGGAGCUAACACGGCACACGUUUCUGCCUUUUUCUGUCCAGCUGACAGCAGAAAUUGCUCAGCAUAUCAUUUACUGUAAUUACAGCACAUUAGACAUAUUUUUCGGGGCGGGAGGUGGCCUGGUAGUUAGAGAGACCCUGCUGUGACUCAAAGGUCACAGGUUUAAUCUCUGUAACAGCCCAAUGAACCCAAUCACCAUCUAGAGUUCACAAUAGCUGAUCUAAAGUCCCCCUGUUCCUUUUAUCCCCGCGAAUGCCAUUUUCCCACAAAUUGCUUCAAAUGGUUACUUUGUGUCAUAAUAGCAGUUCACUGUCUGUGAAUUCCUUCUGAAGUUUGUGACAGUCUCCAAAUGUGACCCAACCACUAGAUGGCAGUAGACACUCACGUGAAAGAGUAAGGUGGCAGCACAUUAACCUAAAGCAGGAGGAACUCUCACCACAGCAGAGCACAUGGAUUAUGCAACACCAGUGUUUGGUGCUCUGAGGGAUGUGAGUUACACUGCAGCACAACUGUCAGCACACUCCAACGUUUUCAGUCCACUACGAAGAGAUUAUUCUUGCCUCAUGAGAAGAAUAAAGCACUGAGAAAUUAAAAAAAAAAAAAAACACUGUGCCACACUAGCAUUGUGCCAACACUGUAUAUUGACAGUUAGAUGGAAAACUACUGUAUUAAAAAA